CCCACUCCCAUUGAUGGAGGAAAGCAGCCUCCUAGAUGCCUGCCUUACACCCCAGAUGCAAGUGUUGCGCCAUGCAUGUAUGUCUUACUUCUCCUCUUUUCUCGGCGUUCGGCGAUAGCCCGACAUGGGUCAAAACAUCUGAUAGAAUGAGGUCAGUUUGCUUGCCAGGAUGUCUUGUCCAGUCAAGCGGUUAACGCUAUAUGAGUUCAUCAUUAGCGUACUACGGCGACAGCCAUGAUAGCGUUUCCUUUGUAUCUUUGUAAAUUCCUAAUGAGAUGUUGGGUAGCACAAGCAGGAGCUUCUUCUCCAGCGGCCAACAAGACAUAGCUGCUGGAGAAUGGACUCAAUUCCAUUACCUCGUCUACCUUCCAAUUAUACUACUAUUCGCAUGGCGAUUAUGGGCUUUCACCAUUUCUCCUCGCCUCUACCAAGGUCAAUUGGAGUAUCUGCCAUACUGGAUUCCAUACAUAGGCCAUGUCAUACCCUUCUAUAGGAAUUCCAAUGCCUUAUUUGCCUUGGCAAAAAAACAAUUCAACCGCAAAUUAUGCACCCUGCGCGUUGUCGGGGAGGACAUCGUAAUGGUCACCACCGCUGCGCAGAUCGCUACAGUUGAGAAGGAUACUCAGACCUUUGGUUUUGAACCAUUCCUAGAUCUAAUGUACGACGAGGUCGCCAAGGUCUCGCGUGAUAGCAAGUCGAUAUUGUGGCAGACUCGCGCUGAAGGCUUUGUAUCGCAUUCCUCAAAACCCAGACAGCUAACGCUGGCGCAUUCAGGAGUAGCCCUGCUACACAAGCAGCUCUUGCAAGCAGACCCAAUGCACCGUCUCAUGACCAACACACUCCCCUACCUGAGCAAAACGCUGCAAUGGGACUCCUUCUACGAGACGAGCGUCCUUGCCUCUGCCGCGAACGUCAAGGUGAUAUCCCUCGACCGCUUGUCUCGUGAUGUGAUAAUGGACGCUCAGACAUCGGCCUUUCUUGGCCCACGGCUGCUAGAAUUAGAGCCGGACUUUCGAACGAUCCUCAAGUGGUGGGAUACCAACAGUUGGAAGGUCUGGUACAAGCUUCCACCUUUCCUGGCAAAGAGUGCAACCUGUCCUCGGGACCGUCUGAUUGACGUUAUGCUCCAAUACUACUCCAUUCCCGCCGAGCAGCGACCAGGCUGCGUUCCGUUCGUUAACGAGGUGUAUGAUGAGUACAAGCAUGCCGGACUUCCUGAUAAAGAUAUCGCAGGCAUCGUUGUUACGAUUCUUUGGGGACUUAAUUCAAACGUCCACCUCCUAUCUUACUGGAUGAUUGCCCACCUAAUGAACAAUCCCACCGUCGUCGGCCAAAUUCGAGAGGAGAUCGCGCCUAUGAUGAUGUCCAUCGACUUCUCCUUCUCCAGGAACGGGUCUAGUCUAGCUGAAUGCACCAAGGACCACCUCCUAAAGUCCUGUCCGAUAUUCAAUUCGACGUUCAACGAGACCUUGCGUUUUACUGCCACAGGAAGUAGUUUGCGCCAAGCCAUGCGAGACACCAUUCUUGACGGCCGCCGCAUCCCCAAAGGCACGAGUCUCAUCAUCCCACAGCGGGUUCAAACGAUGAAUGAAGCUGUCUUUGGACCUGAUUACAAGGCCUUCGAUUGCUACCGGUUUCUACGUAACAAAUCGGUUCUGCGAAAGGCUGAUUUUCGCGGGUUUGGGGGCGGCGCUACCAUGUGCAGUGGACGAUAUGUUGGGAAACAUGCUGUUCUAUCCUUUCUGGCGAUACUGUUCUGGAGAUAUGAUUUGGAGAUGGUGAAGCUAGAACAGGAUGUUUUAGGUGUUCAGGGGAAACAUUUUCCCCGGCUUGAUGAAACUAAGCCAAGUCUGGGCCCAGGGCACCCCAUGUAUGGGGACGAUAUGUUUUUAAAGGUAACUCCUCGGAAACCAUAGGCAAUUGGACAUGUGUAUAUAUUUAUUUCUUGGACUUGAGGAUAUUUGAGACAUUUUUACGUUGCGUUGUUAUGCCCUGCGGUGUAGACAAAUACGUCCGCAGUCAAACCCUACAAAAGCUAUCAGAGCGGUGCAGAUAUAUAUAAACGUCUAUUAACCCUUCCACUAAUCCACUGAUCGUUGCUUAGCUCAUAAAGACUGUUUAGCUGGUAAAGUUGGCUUUGAGUGUUAUCUAGCGCCUUUGACUUAAGUUAAGCCUCCUAUAGCUGGCCAGGUCUCAGCUUCUUUCUCU